CGUGCCGCGAGGAAUUUUUUUCUCUUGUCCCGCCGACAGCGAGCAUAGCACGCUGGGGUUUGUAGUCCGUGCGGCUCCCUUCCCUAGGUCCUCCGCGCUAUUCCGUCCGGUCCCGCCUAUUCUCUGCUCCCUUGGACGUUUAGUCUUGUCUUGGCCGGUUUGAAGACCAGGAAGUUGGUAAAUCGCGAGGUCGGCUGCCGAGAGACGGUGGCUCGAGUGGGACAGUCGCCAGGGAUGGCGGAGCGUGAGGAUGGAACAGGUGUCCGGGGCGCUCUCCUGGACGUUGAGCAGAGUCCUGUGGCUCUCGGGCCUCUUUGAGCGGGGAGCUGCCCGGCAGCCCCGGAUCAUGGAAGAGAAAGCGCUAGAGGUUUAUGACUUGAUUCGAACUAUCCGGGACCCAGAGAAGCCCAAUACUUUAGAGGAACUGGAAGUGGUAACAGAAAGUUGUGUGGAGGUUCAGGAGAUAAAUGAAGAAGACUAUUUGGUUAUUAUCAGGUUCACGCCAACAGUACCUCAUUGCUCUUUGGCGACUCUUAUUGGGCUGUGCUUAAGAGUAAAACUUCAGCGGUGUUUACCAUUUAAACAUAAGUUGGAGAUCUACAUUUCUGAAGGAACCCACUCAACAGAGGAAGACAUCAACAAGCAAAUAAAUGACAAAGAGCGAGUGGCAGCUGCAAUGGAGAACCCUAACUUGCGGGAAAUUGUGGAACAGUGUGUCCUUGAACCUGACUAAUAGCUAUUUUAAGAGCCACUGAACUGUAAUUGUUUGAUAUAUUUGUUUAAACUCUUUGUAAAAUGUAAAAGACUCAUGUUUAAUACAUAGGUGAUUUGUACCUCAAAGCAUUUUUUUAAAUUUCCAAGAAAUAGUUAUAAAGUAGUACCUAAUUUUUUCAGUAUAUAACAUCCUCAGGAUUUAUAACACUUAAAUGAUCAGACAGAAAAAUAUUUUCUAGUUAUUAUGUGUAAGAUGAGUUGCUAUUUUUCUGAUGCCCAUUCUGAUACAACUACUUUUCAUGUCAAAUAUUUACUGUGUCCAAAUGUAUUCAAUUUAAAUCAUUGUUAUAUAAAAUAAAACAGAGAUGGUUCUUGUAA